AGCGCCCCGUUCAGCGCGUGUGCGUGCGUCUCUGUCUCUGCGUAGAGCACACCGCCGAGGUCUCCUUUAUUUACCCCCUCCUUUCUCUCCCGUGGCACGGCAAGGAUACUUCCACCCUGCUUCCCUUCCUCUCCGGCCUUGCUGCUCCUUCUCCUUCCCCUUGUCGCGCUCCUCACAACACUCUCCUCCUGAGUCCUGACAUUUCUCCGGGUGGCAGAAGCAGAGGCAGAGAGGGUGCAUGGAAGGGCUGACGGGCGAGCAGAUGGUGGCGUUCAAGGAGGCCUUCUCGCUCUUCGACAAGAACGGCGAUGGAUGCAUCAGCUUGGAAGAGUUGGCUGCGGUGACCCGCUCCCUUGGCCUUGAGCCGACCGAGCAGGAGCUCAGUGACAUGAUGCGUGAGGUUGACACGGAUGGGAACGGCACCAUAGACUUCCAGGAGUUCUUGAGCCUUAUUGCCAGGAAGAUGAAGGAUGGAGACGGCGAUGAAGAGCUGAAGGAAGCUUUCGAGGUCCUAGACAAGGACCAGAACGGUUUUAUCUCCCCUGUUGAGCUAAGGACGGUGAUGAUCAAUCUCGGGGAGAAGAUGACCGACGAGGAGGUCGAGCAGAUGAUCAGGGAGGCGGAUACUGACGGUGAUGGGCUGGUGAACUACGAUGAAUUUGUGCUCAUGAUGAAAAAUGCUGAACGCAAGAUAUCUGGCUGAACAAGCUGGUGAUCCCCUCAAAGGUGCUGGUGAUAGAUGUGAAACCACUGGUUCUCAGAUUGGAUGCACUGUCUCCACCGUAAAUUCGUCGUGGGUAGUUUGUAAUAUUGUUCUUUCCCUUCUCCUAAACCCAUUAUAAGCAUGAGACUUUAUCUUACGUUCUGUCUAUGUAACUGAAAUUGGCACAUAUAUUUAGAUGGCCAUGUACGCUAUUUUUUUGUUCUUUGAUGAUAUUUUGGCAAUCUUUAGGUACUUUAAAAUCUAUAACAGGAAUUAUGUUAUAACA